GCAGAGUCGCUUAGUCAACGAUAAUGGUCAGAAUAAAAGUCCUCUCCUAAAAUUAGAGCAGUUUUUAUGGCCUUCCUAUGGCUAGGAAGAGCAGGCCAAAUAUGUCUGAAAUGUAUCUAGAAGAAAACAAAGAUCAGAUAUAUGAAAAUGCCCUUGCUGAGAUCGAGUCCUUUGAGCUGCCUCUUGGAACCACCCUAAGGUCUGUAUAUGAUGACCAACCAAAUGCACAUCAGAGGUUUAUGGAAAAACUAGAUGCCUGCAUACGUAACCAUGACAGGGAGAUAGAGAAGAUGUGCAAUUUUCACCAUCAGGGCUUUGUGGAUGCUAUCACAGAACUUCUUAAAGUUAGAGCUGAUGCAGAAAAAUUAAAGGUCCAAGUUACUGAUACCAACCGAAGGCUUCAGGAUGCUGGGAAAGAGGUGAUAGCCCAAACAGAGGAAAUCAUCCGAUGUAGAGUUCAGCAAAGGAAUAUUACAACAGUUGUGGAAAAACUACAGUUGUGUCUUCCAGUGCUGGAAAUGUACAGCAAACUAAAAGAACAGAUGAAAGUGAAAAGAUAUUACUCUGCUUUGAAGACAAUGGAACAACUAGAAAAUCUGUAUCUUCCCAGAGUUAGCCAAUAUCGAUUUUGCCAAAUAAUGAUAGAAAAUCUUCCAAAACUACGUGAAGAAAUAAAAGAAAUUUCUAUGUCAGAUCUGAAGGAUUUCUUAGAGAGUAUUAGAAAGCAUUCUGACAGAAUUGGGGAAACUGCAAUGAAGCAGGCACAACAGCAGAAAACCUUUAGUACCACUCUUCAGAAGCAUAAUAAUGUAAACUACAGUCGGAAUAUGCAUUUGGGUAGAAGCAGAAUUUUGGACUCUAAGAAUGAAAUGACAUUGAAGCGAACACUUGAAGAAGAUGAUGAUCAUGAUGAAGAGGUUUUAACUGCUCAAGAUCUUGUGGAUUUUUCUCCAGUCUAUAGAUGUUUGCACAUUUACUCAGUUUUGGGUGAUGGAGAAAUAUUUGAAAAUUACUACAGAAAGCAAAGAAGGAAACAAGCGAGACUAGUUCUGCAGCCACAAUCAAGCAUGCAUGAAACAGUAGAAGGCUAUAGAAGAUACUUCAGUCAAAUUGUAGGUUUCUUUGUAGUAGAAGACCAUAUUUUACAUGUAACCCAAGGACUGGUAACUAGAACUUAUACUGAUGAACUCUGGAACAUGGCCCUUUCAAAGAUCAUUGCUGUUCUGAGAACACACUCGUCAUAUUGCAAUGAUCCUGACCUUGUUCUGGAACUGAAGAAUCUCAUUGUGGUAUUUGCUGAUACUUUACAGGGUUAUGGUUUUCCUGUGAAUCGACUCUUUGAUCUUUUAUUUGAGAUAAGAGACCAGUAUAAUGAAACACUUCUUAAAAAGUGGUCUGGAUUGUUCAGGGAUAUUUUUGAAGCAGAUAACUACAGCCCUAUUCCUGUAGCAAAUGAAGAGGAAUACAAAAUAGUUAUAAGCAAAUUUCCUUUUCAAGAUUCAGAACUUGAUAAGCAAUCCUUUCCAAAGAAGCUCCCAAUGUCUCAGUCAGUGCCUCAGAUAUAUAUCCAGGUUAAGGAAUUCAUUUAUGCAAGCCUUAAGUUUUCAGAAUCACUUCAUCGCAGCUCAACAGAAAUAGAUGACAUGCUUAGAAAAUCGACAAAUUUGCUGCUAACAAGAACUCUCAGUAGUUGUUUACAGAACCUAAUUAAGAAACCUCAUAUAGGCUUAACAGAGCUUGUUCAAAUCAUCAUAAACACAACACACCUGGAAUUAGCCUGUAAAUACCUUGAGGAUUUUAUCUCUAACAUCACAAACAUUUCGCAAGUGACUGUUCACACUGCGAGGCUGUAUGGACUUUCUACAUUUAAGGAUGCAAGGCAUGCUGCAGAAGGAGAAAUAUAUACAAAACUAAACCAAAAAAUAGAUGAAUUUAUUCAGAUCGCUGACUAUGACUGGACAAUGUCUGAAUCAGAUGGAAGAGCCAGUGGGUACUUAAUGGACCUCAUUAACUUCUUGAGAAGCACAUUUCAAGUUUUUACUCAUUUACCUAAUAACAACAAUGACCAUGCAGCUAUGUCGGGAAAAGUGGCCCAGACAGCUUGCAUGUCAGCCUGCCAGCAUCUUUCAACAUCUCUAAUGCAGAUGCUACUGGACACUGAAUUAAAACAAAUAAGCAUGGGAGCAAUUCAGCAGUUUAAUUUAGAUGUGAUACAGUGUGAAUUGUUUGCUAGUUCUGAGCCUGUGCCAGGAUUCCAGGGAGACACCCUGCAGUUAGCUUUCAUCGACCUCAGACAACUCUUGGACCUCUUCAUGGUGUGGGACUGGUCCACCUACCUGGCCGACUACGGGCAGGCCACCUCCAAGUACCUGCGGGUCAACCCCAGCACGGCCCUCACGCUCCUGGAGAAAGUGCACAGAGGAAUGAGAGACUCUAGCAAAAAGAACAACAUUUUUGCUCAGUUCAGGAAGAACGAUCGUGACAAGCAGAAGCUGAUUGAGACUGUGGUGAAGCAGCUCAGGAGCCUGGUGAAUGGCAUGUCCCAGCACACAUAGGCCUGCUGCUGCAGAGCUGAUCCUUACCACACCAAGAGGUAUUUCAGAGCCACCCGUUCUGCCCAGCAGUGCUCUCAGUUGGGACAUUUGUUUGACUGGUAAAGGAAAAGCGCAGCCCACGGCAGAGAUGUGGGGCCCUCAGCAAAUGUUCUUUGUACGAAUUUUUAACGGAUCGAAAACUAUUUUGUAUAUUGUAAACAAAUGGUGAAAAAUGAGACUGUACAAUAAAACCAGCUCUAUCACAUUGAACAUGGGGCAGCUGAACUGUAAAUACAUUAUUUAUAAGUGUCUGCAGACAAGAUGUUUGCAGUGUUGCUCUGGGCAGGAAUUAUCUGAGAAGUGAUCCCGUAUGGCUGGUUUCAGGAUGAAUCCUAAUUUAAUGUGUUGGUUUUUUUGUUCUUCUUUCUUUUUUCUUUUCUUUGUUUUUUGUUUGUUUUUAAGUGCUGAGAUCCCCACAUCCAGGUACUGCCUGUCACUUUCCUGCAUUAAAUGUAUAGUAGCCUUAAGGUGAUUGGACAUCAUUUUAUCUACCGAAUUGUGUAGUCUGGAGGUAUGAGAAAAUCUUCUGAUUUUUGGUACCUUUAAGAACUCCCCAAGUGCUAGGCUUGGUAUUUAUUUAGUGUUAGGACUUCUAGGCUUUGUUCUCUGAAAGAGUUUAAUCUUGAGUUUCUGAUUGUAAAUAACCAUUUGAGUUCUUUAUAAUGUGACUUUCUGGGUUCUGUUCCUCAGGGUGACCAUUUCUAACCAUACUUUUUAAGAUCCUGGGCUCUCCCCAGGGCGUGGGUAGGGAAUAGAUUUGCCACUGUUGGUUCUGUGCUGCCUCUGUUGGUCCCAACGCCCCAUCCCAGCAUGGAGUGCCCCAGGCCAGGCGCCGUGCAGUCACCUCCUGGCAAUUUUAGACAUGAGGAAAAUGUCUAACAGAUACAAACCAAAUGUAAAAAUAAUGUACAUUUCGCUGUAUUUUUAAGUUAUUGACCGUCUAAAUACAGUAAUAUAAACCUUA